AUGUUUUCAAUCGGUUAUAAUCGUUGUUAUUUUGAAUCUGAUAUAUUUCUUCCUUCAGCUGCAAGAAAACGGUAUGUUCUUGAAAAAUAUCCAUCACAAGCACGACAUGCAACGGAAUAUAAUACAUUACAAUAUACAUUUCGACCAAUAACACCACCAAAUGUUAAUCAACAACAAAAUAAACAUGUUAAUACAAACAAACAAUCACCUAUAUAUUAUUCUGAUAAUCAACCAAAAUCAAUUAAUUUAUUAACAAGAGAUAGACAACCACAAAAUUUAUCUUCUUUUCAAAGAAACAUUGGUAAGUAA